AUGCCUGCACUAGGAAGUGCCAGCAAGAGCAAGGGGAAGAAGGCAGAUUCCCGUCGCUCACGAAGCCGCAACACAACUCCCAGCUCAGUUCUCAGCAGUGGUACCGCCACGGCGGGGCCUGCAACCACUCCGCUCCUAGAACUAGAAACUGCCAAACUCCUUGUCCCUUCGAGACCGAAUUACGGAGAGAUUGUCGAUUACCUUGAAACCCACGGAACAAAAUUCGAGCCUAAAUCUCUCAACGAUUUGAUCGACCAACUGAAGCACCUGAGCGACGCCGCCGAGAAACGGGCCGAAUCCUGCGAGAAGGCCAUUCGUUUGAUUCAUGAACAGAAGAAAGAAGUAGAGUCAGACCAUCAAGAGCGUGAACGUCAAGCUGAGCAAGCUCGCCGUGCUAAGGCCCGCAAGGAAGAGGCGCAGUCGUCCAAGAACUUGAAGGUAAAGAAGCGUAAAGACAGGCCAGAAACAGACGACAAUGUAGAAAUCAAACAUGAAGAUGAGCCUACAAACAAGGUCAAGAUGCGCGUCACAAGCACUCCAGGACCGACUGACAGUCCGUCACCCUCAAAGAAGACGAAGCUCAGCCCUGGCACCUCAUCGCUUUCAGAAGUGGCUGACUCGCCAGAUGCCACUGCUGCUGAGCACGCCUCACCGUCAAAGACCGACGUGUCCAUGUCUGACGCUGAAGAAAAUCGCGUCAUUCACAGCCAACCGCCCGUUCCUCAGCAAGGCUUCUUUCCUGACCCUCUAGCUCCUGACCCGGUUAUCUAUCACAUCCGCGAGAUUACGCCAGAUAUGUCGGACGCUGAAAAGAAGGAAAUCUACGGUGUCACUUCAUUCCCAACUAAGGAUCUGAAGGACGAGAUCGCAGGCGUCCCACCUGACAAAGACUUCAGCAAUGCGAAGCCAACCAACCAAAUCUCUGCAAACACUUUCCUGACUUUUGUUGAGCCCUAUGUUCGACCACUGACUGAAGAGGACAUGGCAUUCCUAAGAGAACGGGGCGACCGAAUCAACCCGUUCCUCGCUGUUCCUCGCGGCAAACGUUCCUAUCAAGAAAUUUGGGCAGAAGAAGAUGGAACUUUACUGGUAGAUGGUGCCAAUGACAAAUUGCCGCUCAAUCAUCCCAGGGGAAACGUCGAUCAAAUCAACGACGAUAACCUGACCACCGAUCAAGUCUCGACUGGCCCGUUGGCAAGCCGACUGCUUUCGCUUCUCAAAUUCGAACAUCGGUCCCCACCCACUGAUACUAAUGGAGUCGCCGAGAAUGCAUUCAACGCUGAUGGCAAUGACACCAUGGAUCUCGACGGUCUGAUGAACGGCCACGACAACGCCGAGAAACCUCUGGCCCCCGCAUCGGCUGUCGCAGAUUCUGCAGGUGCUAAAGCCUCGCAACGUCUUGACUAUAUUCAGGCCGAGGAACGUAUCAAAGGAGAACUUCGCCACCUUGGCUUGCUCAGCCAGGAUGAGCCAGACUUUGAUGCUCAUCAUGAUGACGACAUCAGUGAGAGACUCCGUUUGUUACAAGGCGAAUUGCGUCGGGUUAUGAUCAUCAAUGGUGCUCGCAAGGCUCGCUUGCACGAACUUUCCAAGAAUCGUCUCGCGCACCAAGAAUAUAGCACCAUUCAUGAAGAUCUCGACGGUCAAGUCCAGCAAGCCUAUCUUAAGAGGACUAGGACCAUGGGAAAGACCAAGAAAGGUGGACCUGGGGCCAAACCUCGCCCAGGUACCGCUGGUCCCGGCACCGCUAUGAGCGUUAACAGAGCCCGGGACAUUGGAGACAGUGCUCGGAUGCUUAUGGAUCGACGCAAGCGCUGGAUAGUUAAUGUUGGAACUAUUUUCACGAAUAUGAAGUUUGGCAUUCCGGACAAGGACAUGACAAUCUUCGAUCCAAAGAUCAUGGAGGCGCUGGAGAAGGCGGAGAUGGAAGCUCUUGAAGAGGCUGAAGAGUAG